GAUUUCAUCUUCAGGUGGAGUCAAUACUUGCUGGGAUAUAAAUUUGCUGGGAGCAGGGCAAAGCAGCUGUUUUUGCUGGAAACUUAGCAAGCGUACAGAAUCAUUAUGAGGGAGUGCCUGUCAAUCCAUAUUGGCCAAGCUGGAGUUCAGAUGGGCAAUGCCUGUUGGGAACUCUAUUGCCUGGAACAUGGAAUUCAGGCAGACGGCACCAUCCCUGGGAAUCAGACGACUCCAAAGAUCCUGGCAGAGACCGAGCAAGUGGACUCUUCCUUUGAAACUUUCUUCUGUGAGACUGCAUCCGGCAAGCACGUGCCCAGGGCGGUGUUCAUUGACUUGGAACCGACUGUUAUAGAUGAGAUCCGCACAGGGCCGUAUCACUCCCUCUUCCACCCCGAACAGCUCAUCAGUGGCAAAGAAGAUGCUGCCAACAAUUAUGCCCGAGGCCACUACACCAUUGGGAAGGAGAUCAUUGACACGGUCCUGGGCAGGAUUCGCAAAAUGGCUGACCAAUGCAGCGGCCUCCAAGGUUUCCUGGUCUUCCACAGCUUUGGCGGAGGUACAGGGUCAGGCUUCACCUCCCUUCUGAUGGAGCGACUCUCGGUAGAGUACAGCAAAAAGUCAAAACUGGAGUUCUCGGUGUAUCCUGCCCCACAGGUCUCCACUGCAGUAGUGGAGCCCUACAACUCCAUCUUGACCACCCACACCACCCUGGAGCACUCGGACUGCUCAUUCAUGGUGGACAAUGAGGCCAUCUACGACAUCUGCAACCGUAACCUUGACAUUGAACGUCCAACUUACACCAACCUCAACCGCUUGAUUGGGCAGAUCGUAUCGUCCGUAACGGCUUCCCUGAGGUUUAAUGGUGCCUUGAAUGUUGACCUGAUAGAAUUCCAGACUAACUUGGUGCCUUAUCCACGGAUCCACUUCCCAUUGACCACUUACGCCCCCAUCAUCUCUGCAGAGAAGGCCUACCAUGAGCAGCUCUCUGUGCCAGAGAUUACCAACGCCUGCUUCGAGUUCUCCAACCAGAUGGUGAAAUGCGACCCUCGGCGAGGCAAGUACAUGGCUUGCUGCCUGCUGUACCGGGGAGAUGUUGUGCCCAAAGAUGUCAACGCGGCUAUCGCAGCCAUUAAGACCAGGAGAUCCAUCCAGUUUGUGGACUGGUGUCCCACCGGCUUCAAGGUGGGCAUCAACUAUCAGCCCCCCACUGUGGUGCCUGGGGGAGACCUGGCAAAAGUGCAGCGAGCUGUCUGUAUGCUAAGCAACACCACUGCGAUUGCCGAGGCCUGGGCCCGGCUGGACCACAAGUUUGACCUGAUGUACGCCAAGCGGGCCUUUGUGCACUGGUAUGUUGGGGAGGGCAUGGAGGAGGGGGAGUUCUCUGAAGCCCGGGAGGACCUCGCUGCCCUGGAGAAAGAUUAUGAAGAAGUCGGGAGGGAUUCUGCAGAUGGGGAGGAAGAAGAUGCUGAGGAAGAAUAUUAGGUCAAGCGCACGCGCCUGCAUGUGCCAAAUCUGCAUGUAAUGGGGGGAGGGGGGAGAGGAGACAUGAACAAAAGCAAACUGUUUUUAACAUCAGAAUUCUAAUCUCAGUGUUUUUUGGGGUUUUUUGUAUCUCUUGCAAGACUUGUGCAGCAUAAGGACGCUUUGGACACCUUGUACUUUGUUCAGAAGGCACUUCCUAUAGCUUUUUAAAUCUUUACUUCCUGUCUUACAAUUAUGCAAAGUCAGCUCUUUUCUGAGUGUGGAUCCUGGGAGGGGAGGGGCAGAUGUCAGAGGUGGCUGCGCUUGGCUGUUGCGUGUCACUUCUCUGCACAGCUCAAGAACUGGGGGUGGGGAAGUACCCUUGAUUAUUAGGGGAAUGCAAUAAUCUGCUUCUUUGUACUUAAAUAAUAAUAAAGUUGGACAACUCUA